AUGCCGGACUUCAAGUUGGCAGUGGACAAGAACAACAAGGCAACAGAAUUGGCGUUGCUUCGCGUAUGUGGCACGGUUCAGCAGAAUCCGCACAUGAGGGCAUUCUGGGCUUCCACCAUUUCCUUCUUCCUAGCCUUCUUGGGCUGGUUUGCCCUGGCACCUUUGGCGCUCGAGGUGGCCACCAGCAUGGGCACGUGUGAGAAUCAACUCUACCCACCAGAAGACAACCCCAAGCGGGUGGCCUACCUGAAGUACAAGUCACUCAAGACAGGCAAAGCGUACUGCCAGUACGGCAAGAAUGAUGACACCAAUCCCACAGACUGCAAUCCCGUGCCACAGGACAUUUUAGCGAGUGGGACUGCAGACGAGAAGAUGCAGUACCGACCAGGGGUGCUGGCGGACUGUGUUUGCACCCCGGGAACUGAGUGCAAAGACAUCAUCGCAAAUGCAGGAGUGGCUGCUGUGGCAUCGACCAUUUUCGUACGCAUCGCACUCGGUACGUUGUUGGAGCGAUUUGGGCCUGUGAAUGUCCAAUCAGGCCUGAUGACCUUUGGAGCUUUCUGGGUUGCAAUGGCCGCAGCCAUUACAGCGCCCUGGAACUACACCUUAAUCCGCUUCUUCAUUGGGUGCGCAGGAGCUACCUUUGUCACCAACCAGUUCUGGUGCUCUUUGAUGUUUUCCCCAAACGUGGUUGGCACGGCCAAUGCCACAGCAGCUGGCUGGGGGAACUUGGGUGGCGGUGUUACACAGAUUUUUAUGAUUUCAGUGCUGUUCAAUCCAAUGGUGAGUUCUGGCAUGCCAGCAAACACUGCCUGGCGAGUUGCCAUGAUCGUUCCUGCUGUCCUUUUCCUGAUUUGCGCAGCCACCAUGAAACUCUUGUGUUGGGACACACCCACGGCCAAGCGCUUCGAUGUGUCUGUGACGGGUAAGACCCAGAAACCAUCUUUGUGGGACUAUGUCGUGGUGCUGAAAGACAUCCGCGUCAUUGUGAUGAUUUUUCAAUACAGUGCAUGUUUCGGCACCGAACUCGCCAUGAACAACCAACUGGCCACCCAUUUCAGGACCUAUUUCCAAAUGGAUGCGGCAGAUGCAUCAGCCUUGGCAGGAGCUUUUGGCCUCAUGAACCUGUUUGCUAGGUCCCUGGGAGGCAUCACCAGUGACAUCCUCUUCAAGUACGUUGGUUUCCGAGGUCGCAUUUGGGCGCAAUUCUUGGCCCUUUUCUUUGAAGCGGUCUUCCUCUUCUGCUUUGGUAUGGUGGACAGCUCGCAGCCAUGGUAUGUUGCCUUGGCCGUGCUGAUUUGUUUCUCCCUCUUUGUCCAGAUGGCAGAAGGUACAAGCUACGGGAUUGUGCCUUUCAUGAACAAGCAGCAGCUGGCCGUGGUGUCUGCACUGGUUGGGGCUUGCAGAAAUUUGGGAGCUGUUAUCGCUGGGUUUUGCUUCUACAAACCCAUCAACGAUCCGCUGCUUCCUUUCCAGGUCCAUGCAGGCUAUGUUGUUUUGGGCUUUGCUGUCCCCUUGCUACUACUGGCGGGAGCAUGGGGGCAUGUUCCACGGCCCAGCUGUGGAUAA